GGGUUCUGCUACAGCGCAUACUCCCGCCAGCAACUCAGAGGAAGAGGUUGUAUGCUCAAAGCUCAAGGCCCAAGGCCGAAGGCCCGACGCCCCUCGCCUUAUCUAGUAGUUCCCUGCCUUGUUCCUGUCGUCGGGCUGCCACCACAUGACCAGGACCUCGUUCGGCACCUUUCUUCCUCCCCAUCAACUUGCGUCAGCCUCGAACUUACGUCCUUUUGCUUUCACCCUCCCCGAUCGUCGGGACACGACAGAUGCCCCAGCCAGCUGUGGUGCUGGUCUUGUGCAAACUUGCUCUGACGUACAACAACUCACUCGCAACUUCAUGCAGCGCUUCUCACCAUGCGCAAACAUAGAUCCGACAAACACAGGCCACGGUCUGAGUGGAGCGAAUGGAUCUGGUCCGAAGAGCAUGGAACCUGGUACCAUGUACGCCAGCGAUCAAAUGGCGAGUGGUUGUAUGAAGACCAAAAUGGCCAGGCCUUGGGUGGUGCUGCCGCGGAAGACUCUGCAACUCCACGACAGGAUAUGGACGACCUAGUACAGGGUUUGAGUACCUUGUCCACCAAUGCCGAAGACGACUUCGAAGCUGAUGAUGGCCUUGGCGAAGCCUCUACGCAACAGACAGAAUACCAAUUCACCAAUGCAACGCACGAGUCUGAUCGUUCCCGUCGUCACCGGCACAAGGGCAAGAACAAGCACGUUACCUAUGAAGACGUUUUGGAGCAGGAACAGGUCCCUGAGCCGGAGGGUGCGGGCGCCUAUGAACCAAACCCCGGCCCUGAAGUCAACCCAACGUCCGUAUAUGGUGCGCUCGACAUAUCCAACGACCCCGAAAUAGCGCAACUGCUGGAAGAAAACCCCGAACUAUCAACGUUCUAUCCCCAGAAAGGGGCCUCCUCCAGUCGUGGAGCGUAUGCAUCCGUCAAUCCACGCGAUCGCCAGGCCGCCCAGCAGGAUCACAUUUCAGGCGAUGGUCAGGUCGGCGACAGAGAAGUCCUGGACAAACGUUACAAGGUUCACAAGUCUAAAUACUUUCAGGUUGGCGAGGUGUUCAAAGUGCUAUGGCCAGAACCUAUGGGAGUCAUGGCGGGCGCCCCCACGCUUUCCGAUAGAGACGCGCUUAGAGAUCGAUAUGGCGGGCUGGUACAUGUCGGUUUCCGCAGAUUCAUUGUGAUAGCGACAGAUGAGGGUCACAGUACUUGUGUGCCCAUCCUUACAUACGGAGGUCAAGGCUGUAGGAAAAAGGGUGUCAAGCCCCGGCACCACGGAAUUAUCUACACGUCAAAAGAACCUCUAAUGCUUGAAGGCGAGCCGACGCUUGGUGCGCCUCCAGCAAGAAUGGAGGUUACGACAAAGGGCGAGAAGCUCUCAAAGUCUUCUCGUGCCAAUUACUCCAAGAUGAUGACCGUUGAACACAACGUCAAAGUCAUGUUCAUUGGACGAAUCGGAGCUGACUACCCAGUUGUCUAUACUGCCAUCAAUGACUGCUGGGACAACAAGGAUCACCACAGGCAGGACAACGAUGAUGGGCAGGCAAUGUGACAUUGAAAGAUGUUGCGUACACUCUUGACCUGCGGAGACCGAGGUGUCCGAGUCGGCGUCUCCGGUUGCAUACCGCGAUAUAAAUACGUUUGUGAGGAGGGUUCCCUUCACCACACCAAGGCGUCGCGAUAGCGUCACCGUUCAUGGAGGCAGUACGUGUGCGCGCAGCAUGCGGGUCCUUCCCGAGCUGUGUGCUCACUUGCCGAUUGCGAUUUUGAUUCAGGAUAUGAGGUAAUAUACGUUGAGCGGAGAGCACGGGAAACAGCCAGCAUGCUUGAAAGGCUGGGUACUGCGUCAUGACAUGAGAGAAGCACGUUAGGAGGUGUUAUGAGAUAGUUGUUUCCAGUGUACCCGAAGACUGUACCGACCGAUAUGUACAUGCAGAAUGCCAUUGCCAACUGUUUCUUUUG